UGGAGUUGGGGGAAUAUUUGGGGCGGAUUUAUUUUCCCGUCAAAUUAUUUUCCCUAGUUCGAUGGAAUCUAACUCCCACCAUACCCCAUGGAAGUCCGAAUUUCUGUGUUAUUUUCCAUCCAUCCAUCUUCCUUCCUCUUUCUUUUUCCGCCAUUUUCCUGAAAAGUUUCGCCAUAGAACAUGCUCCUUCUGAAGAUAGACCUGCUGCUGAGCAUUCGUCCCAGCAAAGUAAACUUUCGCAAUAUAGAUCGAACAAAGUUUGGGGUGAAAUAAAGGAGAUUGAUUCUUAUAAGGUUAGGGUGAUAAAGACUGGAAAUUCUCUCAACUUUUGAUGAAGAAGUUCAAUAAGAAACAUUGGUGUCUUUUUAUCUGAAAAAACCGAACGCUUCAGAUAUGCUGCAAUAAAGGAGGUUCUUGCUGAAAUCUAAGGCAACCUAAGUAUGAAUUACUUUACGAACAAUCAUGUGGAAGAGCGACGAGUAGCUGAAGAAAAGGAAGAUGAGGAGGAUGAAGAGGGAAAUGAGAAUGAUAUGGAGGCUUGGGAGAGAGCUUAUGCAGAGGACAGAUCAUGGGAGUCUCUGCAAGAAGAUGAGUCUGGACUCCUCCGUCCAAUCGAUAACGAUGGUGUACAACAUGCCCAGUACCGUCGCCGCCUAAGGAACCUCUCUGCUGCGUCUGCAGCCUCUAGGAUCCAGAAAGGUCUCAUACGCUACCUAUACAUUGUCAUUGAUCUCUCUAGGGCAGCUUCAGAGAGGGAUUUUAAGCCAAGCCGGAUGGCAGUGGUUGCCAAACACGUCGAAGCUUUCAUUAGAGAGUUCUUUGAUCAGAACCCUCUUAGUCAUAUUGGUCUAGUUACUAUUAAGGAUGGGGUAGCUCAGUGCUUAACUGACCUUGGUGGAAGUCCUGAUUCCCAUAUAAAGACUUUGAUGGGUCAGUUGAGCUGUUCGGGUGAUUCCUCCCUUCAGAAUGCCCUAGAUCUUGUUGAAGGCUAUCUCUGCGGAAUUCCCUCGUAUGGUCACCGUGAAGUCUUAUUAUUAUAUUCUGCUCUUACGACAUGUGAUCCUGGGGAUGUAAUGGAGACCAUCAAAAAAUGCAAGAGGUCUAAAAUUAGGUGCUCAGUUAUUGGCCUUUCGGCAGAAGUUUUUGUAUGUAAACAUCUUUGCCAAGAGACUGGAGGGUCCUACACCAUCGCGUUGAAUGAAUUUCAUUUUAAGGACUUGUUACUGGAGCAUGCUCCUCCACCACCAGCAAUAGCAGAAUUUGCUGUUGGGAAUUUAAUCAAGAUGGGGUUCCCACAAAGAGCAGCAGAGGGUGUUGUCUCUAUCUGUUCGUGCCACAAGGAAGCUAAGGUUGGUGGGGGUUACAUUUGUCCAAGAUGCAAAGCACGUGUCUGUGAACUGCCUACAGAAUGCCGAAUUUGUGGGCUGACACUUGUUUCUUCACCUCAUUUGGCAAGAUCAUAUCAUCAUUUAUUCCCGAUAACUCCUUUUGAGGAGCCGUCACUCGGGCUUCUCAAUAGUUCACGUCACAAGUUACCGAAAACUUGUUUUGGUUGCCAACAAAGCCUUGUACCUUCUGGUAACAGGCCCGGCCUCCGUGUUGCUUGCCCCAAGUGUAAACAACAUUUCUGCUUGGACUGUGACAUUUACAUACAUGAGAGCUUGCACAAUUGUCCAGGUUGCGAGAGUCUUAGACAUUCCAAAACCGUUAACAAUAUUGAAUGAUUUUUUUGAUUCAAACAAUUGUGAACAAUAACUCGAUUAGUGGAGUUUGUAGUUGUAGCUAUCAAUUGAGUUUUUUCUCAAAUUCUUUACCCCACUAAAUUAAUCCUUUUGUAUUCUUUGUA